AUGGUUCCCCGCCCCGGCAGAGGGAUGGAGGCGGGCGGGCAUCCCGCGGGCUGGCUCCGGCCCCGGCUCCCCGCGGCCCCACUGCGCGCCGAGCGGGGAGCGGAGCAGAGGCGUCGGCCAGGUCGGGGGCGACGCGACGGCAUGGAGCAGGGCGGCCGCCGGGCUUUCGGCAGCAUCUGCCCCAACCGGGCGCCGGGCCCGCCCGUCCGCGGAGCUAAAAAGCCCGCGCGGUCCAGCGGGGCGGCGGCGGGGACAUCUCCGACGGGGCUGAGCCCUCGCGGACCCGAGCCCCGGCCCCGCCGCGGCCCCUCCGGCCCGGCCCCAGCUCUCUCUCACCGCCGUCUCUCGCCGCCCACGGCGCACGCCGCCCGUGACUGGCAGGAGCUGGUAGCCCGCGGCCCCGUCCUCCCAGCCGCCAUGGUCGGCCCCGCCGCCCCACCGCAGGGCCCGUGCCUGCAGGAUGAGCCGGAGUUCGAUUUCCAGGAUCUCAGAGAUGCUGUCCAUGAUUUUAUGUCUGAUGCCUCCACCUGGGUGCCCCCACCGCCGGACUGCGCUGACUUCGACUUCUCCCUCGGUGAGGACGUGGCCUUCGGCACCUGUGUGGAGCGCCCGCAGCCCCCGGAAUCCCUGCAGCCGUGCUGGCGGGACGCGGCCGAGAGACAAGGGCAGGCACUUGGAGAUGCUCUGGAGGAAAACAGCCAGCUGCAGGAGGCUCUGGCGCAGAAGCAGGAGGAGCUGGAGACGCUACGGGAGAGCAACGUGCAGCUGAAGGAGCUGGCGAACCAGGCUCGGCAGCUGGCCACGGUGCUCGACAAGCUGAUGCUCCCGGCGCGCCCCGGCGGCGCGGCUCUUCCUCCUCCCGCUCCUCCUCCUCCCGCCGGGUGCUGCGGGCGCGCGGAGGCGGCGGGCGUGGGCGGCAUGCUGCGGGCGGUGUCGGCGCAGUGCCGCGCGGCUCUGCGCAGCCUGGCGGGCAGUCCCGCCGCCAAGCGCCCGCGGCUCCACGGCGCCUUCCGCGGGCUGCGCACCGCGCGCGCGGCCGUCCCGCUGAGCGCCGGCGACGCGGAGCUGGAAGGCGGCGGCAGUCUGCGGGUGGCCUUCGGUGAGCAGGGCGGCAUCCGCACGUUGGCCUUCCCGCAGGGCAACGCGUUCACCUUGCACACCGCCGACGGAGGGUACCGCUUCCGAUGGGUGCCGCGCUGAGAGCCCGCGGGGUGCCCUCCCGGCAGCGCUGCUCUCUGGGGCGAGAAUGGGCAACUUUUCGGAUGCCCGAGGACUUUGCGCUGCGGAAGGGCGGGAAGAGAGAGCGCUGUGCACGCGCGUGGCCGAGCAGCCGAUCGGCUGCCUGCCCUCGGGAGGUGCUGCGGCGCGGGGAUUUGGGGAGAACUGCAUCGGCCCGGCUGAUAACUCGCCGUCAGUAUGCGGGCUAAUGGAUGCGGAGCCACCGUAUUGCGCAAAUCUGCCCGACUUGCGCAGUGGAACACAGAAUCGUCGCUGGAAAACGGCUGCUGAAAACUACAGCUGUGACAAGAGCAGCGGCUGCAGACAGCCUGUGCCACAACGAGCGUGCCCUCCACUGUAUUUGGAUGUGGCUGCCCUCCGCAUCGUGAUGUUUUAAAUCCACAGUGUUUACAAAUUGCAGUUUGUCAUUCAUGUCUGCUACUGUCCAUGUGUGCUUGCACUCAGUGCGAUGAUUAAACAGUGCCUAAAAUUG